CAUAGUUCAAUUUACUGCUACAUAUUAAAAAGGAAAAAAAAUUGUACUUUUCACUUUCCACUUUCUAAAAAAGUUUCAGAACUCAUUUGAAAGACUCAUCUGAAGAAGGGUGUGUGCAGUGCGUAAUCAUGUUAGCACUUGAUACGGUAAAAGCAAAAUGACCCCAGAAUGACAGAUUUCUUCUGUCUUUGUGAAGAAUUACACUUAAACUGCACACUUGCUGUUAGAUCGCCUUUCUAUGCAAAUCCGCGUGAGGUCAUUCUUGCAAAACUCUGAGCGGCAAUGCAUGGGUCAGGACAGUCAUUGUCACGCCCGUUCCUCUUCUCUCCCUCUUGCAGGUUGGGUGGGAGGAUGCCUGCUGUCUCUGGAAGGAAGAGUUCUCCGAGACUCCCCUGACAGGUUCCUGCACCUGUUCAGAAGUGUCAACAGGCAGCGAGUUUCAUUUCAGCACUUCGCCUUCCUCAAGCGCACGUACAUCACACAACUGAACAGGAGCCUUAACCAGCAAGUAAAACCAAAGCCAGAGCCAGAGGCCUCCCCCUUCCUCGAAAAAGCAUCUCCCAGCCAACCCAAUGCAGAUAUCUGUGAGAUGAGACCCCUCGCGGCGCCGAGUCUGUCUGUGUCCAGAAGGCCAAAGGGGAAGGAGUUGAUCGAAACAGAGCCUGACUUGCCAUGCGAAAGCACCACAGGCACGGAAGACACAAAAGAAGAAAAGCAAUGGAAAGAGAUGAAGCUGCGUGUGGAGGACCUGCCGGGAAUCUUGGCCCGACUCUCCAAGAUCAAACUCACAGCUCUGGUUGUAAGCACCACUUCAGCCGGCUACGCCUUGGCCCCAGGACCCUUCGACUUGCCCUGCUUCCUGCUCACAUCUCUGGGAACAGGCCUUGCAUCCUGCGCUGCCAACUCCAUCAACCAGUUCUUUGAGGUGCCGUUUGACUCCAACAUGAAUCGAACGAAGAACAGGCCUCUGGUCCGUGGGCAGAUCAGCCCCCUGCUCGCCGUGUCCUUUGCUGCUUGCUGUGCCGUCCCGGGAGUUGCCCUUCUGACCUGGGGGGUGAAUCCCCUCACAGGAGCCCUGGGCGUCUUCAACAUCUUCUUAUAUACCUGCUGUUACACGCCCCUGAAGAGAAUCAGCAUUGCCAACACGUGGGUCGGGGCCGUGGUCGGGGCCAUCCCCCCCGUCAUGGGCUGGACCGCAGCCACUGGCAGCCUUGACGCUGGAGCCUUUCUCCUGGGAGGGAUCCUCUACUCCUGGCAGUUUCCACAUUUCAACGCCCUGAGCUGGGGCCUCCGCGAAGACUACUCGCGGGGCGGCUACUGCAUGAUGUCCGUCACCCACCCGGGGCUGUGCCGGCGCGUGGCGCUGCGCCACUGCCUCGCCCUCAUCGCACUCUCCACCGCGGCCCCGGUGCUGGACGUCACCACUUGGACCUUCCCCGUCAUCUCCCUGCCCAUCAACCUCUACAUCUCCUACCUCGGCUUCCGCUUCUACGUGGACGCGGACCGGAAGAGCUCACGGAAGCUCUUCUUCUGCAGCCUGUGGCACCUGCCGCUGCUCCUGCUGCUGGUGCUCACGUGCAAGCGGCGGCAGCCCGCGGCCUCGGAGGGCACAGCAGGGACCACAGGCACGGGCGAGCUCCCGAGCUGAGGGCGCAUGGGCGGGUGGACUGGGAGGCCGAAACAGAGCAGCGCCGCCAAGACGCACAAUCCCUUUCCCAUUUUGCUGUGAGGCGGGAGUAGUUUGAUGUCCUUGGAGCCACAGGACAAGAAAAACGGCUGGUAAAAUUGGUGCUCGGCAAUCACUUGACAAGCUUUUUUCCCCCCCAUGGCAAUGCCGGAAAUGCCCAAAUACAAGCUGCCCGCGGGUAUACAUCUGUUACCAUCAACACACGCCCAUUUUUUUUUCUUGCUCUUCUUCACAAGAAUGUACACGCGUGCCUCUUCCUUUCCUGUCUCCUGCACACACACACGUGCAUGGAGACACAGGCAUACAUAUCCACAGAGAGAUUUUCACACGCACCCCCAACUUGCCAGUGGGGUGACAGGGUGCAGACAAGAUAAGGAGCCCUGCAUCCCCAACACACCCCCUCCCGCCCAGGUCCUCCCAAGAAGAGCAACCCCCCCCCCAGCCACCGUGACUGUGGAGUAGCUUUCUCUACUCCACGCAUAUCCCCACCUACAGACGGGACACACCCCUGGGAGGGAAUGUUCCAAACGGUUGCCCAGUGCCUUGCCAGUGCAAGUGCCAGCCCCUGGCCCCAGCAUUUCAGGAACUGCAGGAAUGGAAGGCGGUUUGUGGCUCUGAUUGCCCACGAUGGUUCCUGUGAUUCUUGCCCACCACGGGUGAUCAGCUCCGCACUGCUGAUCGGCCCAGUGCAGAAGUCACUAGCCGCCUGCCUGGCCCGCUGUAAGAGCCCAGGAGCUGGAGGAGCUGGGCUCCCCUUCAGGGAGACUUCAGUACCGAGGGGCCAAGUGCAACUUAGGGUUUCCAGAGCCCAUCACUGUCACCUGGAGGCCCUCCACCCUUCCCUCUCCUCUCCCAGAGCCCCCUGAGCCUGGGGGACUUACUUGAAACUUGGCAGGAGGCUCAAGUGACUCUCAGGCAGUGCCUGCGGCCCGGGGCGGGUGGGGGGCAGUUUGUCCAGGGAUUGAAGCAGCCUCUGUAUUACGCGUGGACAGACUACAGCGGCACAGAUCCAAGGGAUCCACGGCAAUGUUCAGAUUUUCUUUUUUCAUCCACCUUGGAAUUUAAAGUCACUGCACUACCCCCGUUCUCACACAGGUCCAGACCACUGGCAGGGUCUCCUGAUCCCUGCUUCGACUUCUCCCAGAUACUCCCUCUGGGCUGCGUCCAGGUGGCUCUUUGCCCUGAGGGAACCCAUCGCUGGAAUGUUCAACACCAACAUUCAGAUCUGUAAGAUAUGUCGGUUCAAGUUUCCCAAUAAAACGGGGUCAGAACAGCACUUCCCUGAGCCAGCCCUGUUUAUUCUGUGCUGAAUCCACACACUUCCGGGACUCUUAGCACCUUCCUGACCUGGCCAGGGGACACACAGCCUGUGGGUAGUUUUUGUUGUUUUUUUCUCAAUUUCUAUUUUUUUAAUUAAAAGAUAAAUUGUGAAGCAGAAAAUGACAGUUGUAUCUAUUUACGGGUUCCUACGCAAUGCUGUGAUACACAAAUGUGAUUCGUAACUGAAUAAAGCCAGUUGACAUAGCAGUUACUUCAAACACUUGUCUUCAUGUUGUGGCUGCGGCGUCUGAUAUUCACUGUCAGUGGCCUUCAGUGUGGUGUGCUCUGCAUAGACAGACUGUCUUGAAGCAUAAUCUCUGUCUAAGUGAAGCUUUAACCACACACACUGCCCAUCAUCAGCCUCCGUAUUUAACUUAGCCUUCUUGUUCUUGCUGCAUCUGUUUUGUUUUUUUUUUUUUUUCAAUACUGGGUAGUAUACCAUGAUGGUGUUCAAACCGUGUCUUCUCUCUUGGGUCACCAGUGGAUGAGCUGGUUCCAUACCUUAGCGAUCAUGAGUACUGUGACAAUGAACGCACGAGAGCAG